CGGAAAUUAGCUAUUUUUAUGUCGCGGGAUCUACGAAAAUGGCGGGCAUAUCAUUUAUGAAAGAUAGACUUGAGGCCUACAAAUGUUCCGCAAAUGAAGCCAUACACUUCAAACUGGUAAGACAACAAUCUGAUGUUGAAGAUGACAGUACAACAUUUUUACCUGAUAUGUCUCACCAACUGUUUGGAGAUCAGGAGAGUAUAUUUGGCUACAAGGAUUUAGUGGUGGAAAUGUUCUACAGUGCGGCGAGACUCACAACCUUUGUCAACAUGAAAUAUUCUGACAAAGUCACACCGCAGCGAUUUGAUGGGAUACAGCCAGAUAAUGUGAUGGGAACUUUAAACAGAAAACUCCCUGCAGGUUAUCUCACAAAUAAGGACAUGUUCCUAGCCUCUCUAGAGAAGGAUGCCACAUUUAAACCAUAUGGCGAGAUGAUUCACAGCUACAAAGUUAUCAAAGACAAUCAGGAGAGAAACUUUGAGAUAUACAAAACAGAUAUAUCACCGCCUGGAUUCCAAGAAUACCACGAACAUUUACAGACGUUCAUCCUCUUCUUCAUCGACGCUGCUUCCUAUAUAGAUGUGGAUGAUGACAGAUGGAUGUUUUAUUUAUUGUUUGAGAGAUACAAGGUGGAUGGAAACCCUGUCUACGCUAUUGCAGGAUACAUGACUGUUUACAAUUACUAUGCAUAUCCGGAGAAAGUUCGUCCAAGAAUAAGUCAAGUUUUAGUUUUACCACCUUUCCAAAAACAAGGUCAUGGAUGUCACAUGGUACAGACAUUUUACAACGACUGUUACACAAGGUCAGAGGUCAUGGACAUAACAGUGGAAGAUCCUUCAGAAAACUUCCAGAGGUUACGCGAUUUUAUUGAUGCAAGAAACUGUAUGAGUCUUCCAAGCUACGAGUCCUCAAAACUCAGGGAUGGCUUCUCCGAGGAUAUGGCAAAAGAAGCAAGAGAAAAACUCAAGCUAAACAAGAGACAAUCACGGAGAAUAUACGAGAUCCUUAGAUUGAAAGCGACGGACACGAGCGACCAGGAGAUGUACCGAGCCUAUAGACUGGAUAUCAAACGCAGACUCAAUGCUCCCUUCCAGAAAAAAGGACGUGACUUUGAUAAGUUGGAGAAAGUAUUACGCCCCGAUGAACUGUCAGCAACAUUGAGUUGCUUGUCCAAAGAACAAAGACUUGCAUAUCUUGAGAACACAUUUCAAGAAAAUCUAGACAUGUAUCGCCAUGUCAUUGAACGCCUCAACAUGGCGGUUUGAGGGAAUGGAGUGAGAGAAUAGGAUUAAACAAAAAUAUUUCCCACUGAUUGGCACUGAACGACAAUUUCAAACUGUUUUUCCUGUGGAAGCCAGCCUUUGUGGAAACAGAUGAAUCUACAGAGCAGACUUGAUAGUAUAUUCUUGAUUAGAUCUAAAUAUUUGAUUGUUAUAACGUAUAGUUUACAUGGUGAAGGCCGGAUAUUUUUUUGUACCUGAAAUUUUUAGAGUGAUAGAAAGAAAAAAGAAAAGAUGUUCGCCUUACAGUCUGAUAAGGCAACAAUUAUCAGCAUUUUGUGUAAAUGACUUUCGGCCAAGAUGAACCUGAGUGAAUCCAGUGUUGUUAGUGAUAUUUCAUCUGUUACAGUUUAUUGAUCAUCCAUUCUUACAUUGGCUGUUGUCAUCUUAUGUAAUGUAGCACUGAAGUGUACUGUGUAGUGGAACUGGCCCUGAACACCAUCUCACUGUACAGGCCAUUUUGUUUUUUGCCCGCCUCUAUAAAGAAAUGUUUUAGACCAUCUGUCUAUAAAGUCCAUCUGAUAUGGUUCCCAAUAUAACGCAAUUCAUUCUGUAUCAAUUUUGAUAGUUCACCUGGUCUAAAGGAUCAAUGGUCUUUAUAGACAGGUUUGGUAUUGUUUACAGUGAACACGCCAUGGAAAGUGCUAGAAAUGUGGCGAAGCUUGUGAUCCUUACAUGUAUAUUUAACUUAGCAUCUCUUUCCUGUGAAGGACUGCAAUAAGUAUUGUAGGCAUGACCUUCAUUGAUAAGAGAAUUGAUAGCAUACAAUACAUGGCAUUAUGUUCUAUCUGUUACAAUUUCUCAUUUCAAUAUUGUUAAAUUUAACAAAUGGUUUGGGGAUUUCAAUAAUUAACUUUGUGCAAGAAGCACAAAUUGUAAUGACAUGAAACCCCCAGCCCCCAUCUUGUGGGGAGGGGGGUGUACUUUGAUUAAGAAAAUUGAUGUCCAGAAAAAACGGCACUUAUACCAAAACAUGAUUAGGUAUUCAAAUUGAAUUGAUAUUCUUUUUCACUUAGUUCUGAAGUGACGAUUCAACAUGGUGUGACAUUGUAUGUAAGGAAAAGAUCAAAUGAUUGCUAGAAAAGCUUUGGUUGGUGGACAUGUUACUUUUUCGACAGUUUGAUAUUCUAUUAUGUACUGGAUAUGACCUAAUAAGUGCGUCUGCCCUAAUAAGGGCACCCCUACCUUUUUUCUCCCAAGAAAAAAAUCUUUGACUGAGUGCCAAAAUGGUGUUCAAAAGUAAUAAUUCAUGUGAAAUGUUUUGCUACUUUAUGUGUUCAAUUUUCUUCAGCAAAUUAAGUCACUGGAACAGAAGUUUUUGCCACAUUUUGUCUAUUCAGUGAUACAGAUGUCAGUACAAAGUGUGCCUGAAACUAAUGCUAAACACACAUACAAAUUACUUAUCAAUAACUACCAUACUUAUUUGAAACUUCAUUCAUUUUGUUAACUAAAUGUUGUAAAGAACAGAAAGCUAGUAAAAGACAUUGUAAAUCAAUUAUUAGGUCAAAGAAAACGAUGUCAAAUAUGAUUUGUGAAAUCAUGUUCCAAAUAACAGCUAAUAUUGUUUACAAGUUUACAGGAAUAUUCAAGUGAAGUUUAAGCUUAAUAUAUGAUGAUGAAUACUCAAUGUGAUAUCUUCAUCUGGAAUAUUUUUAUGACUGAAUAUUUUACCGUUUUAACAGCCUUGGGUAUUCUGCUAUAAGGUAUAGUCUGUUUCAUAAAACUUCAGAACAAGGAAUCUUGAUAACUGUCAAUUGCCCGCGCCCUGUGCUCUUAUUACUUACAGAAGUCAAGAUAGAGGGUUGACUUUAAGUUUUUCAAAAGUGCUAAUUUUAUUUAUUGAAUUAUUUGCUGCAUUACAUUAUUGUGAAUUUCAUUUUCAUGCCCAAGAAGAAAAAAAUAAAAAAUGUAAACAAA